CAAUGUGUAGCCUAAUGGUAACGUAACGUUACUUGUGCUAGUUUUAGGCUAGCAGCUUGUUGACGUCUAGUAGCCUAAUGAGCCGCUGGUCUAGGUUUUUUCGCAAAUGCAACCCGAAGUGACAAGUGACGAACUGACGUAUUUUCAAUGACACCUACCACAUACGGGCGAGAAACUGAUGUGUGGGCUUAUACAUUUUAACUGUACAUUUUCGUGCAGAAAAACGUUAUUUUGGGGCGCAUUGAGAAAGGGGGCAGAGUGAAGUGAACUAUUUUGCACUCUGUUACUGUCAGGUCUAGGUAACCAUGGCUAAUAUGCAACUUUUCAUUUGCAGAAUGAGAGAAUUUGAUGAGAGCGAGGCACUAACAGUUAAGAAAGUGGAUGAGGGCUGUAAAACAAAGUGGAACUGGUCUUGGUUACAGGUUGAAACGGAGAUUGAGGUCAAGACAGCCAAACACAAAUUCAAAAUGUCAGACUUUUUCAAAGAAAUUGAAAAAAAGGGGCAUGCCAAAUGUACUUUCUGCAUUAGAGAUUAAUUAUGCUAACAAGGGAGUGCAUGCUCUGUUGAAUCACUGCCAGAGUGCUAUACACACAGAGAGAGUGGCUACCAUCAUAUCUACCCAAAGUGUGGCCCAGCUCCUCUGUCAAGACAAGCCAGCUACCAGCCAAAAUCAGGCCCCAGCAGACAGAAUAAGGGAAAGUGUAGAGCUCCCAAUUCCAAUGUGUAAUCGUAUUGCCAAUGCUGAGGCAAUGGUCCUGGCAGUUAUUACUGAGCAUUCUCUCCCCCUCAAAAUCGCACCUGUGUUGGUUGAGCUUAGCCAAAGCCUAGCUGCAGACAAGGCAGCACUAACCCAGUUGAAGCUAUCCCGUACUGCAGCUUCUUAUAAAAUGAUUUAUGGUUUGGGCCAAUCAUUCUCUGAGAAAACCUUUGCCAAUCUGCGUGCCUACCCAUUCUCUCUGAACAUUGAUGAGAGUACAUCUAAUAGCUAUAAGAAGGUCCUUUCCAUGCUUGUCAGCUAUUUUAACCCAGAACUAAAUGAGGUUGUUGUAGAACACCUGGGUUCUCUUGAAGUCAUAAAAGUCAAUGCAGCGAAUUUGGAGAGGGUUAUAUGUGAUUUUUUUCCAGGAAAAUAACAAUCCCUGGUCAAACCUUAUCAACAAAAUGCUUGACUCAUGUAAUGUGAUGCGUGGAAGCAAAUCAGGACUAGAGACAAGGAUACGCCAAAAUCACUGCCCCACUCUUCUGGAUGUGGAUGGGGACUCAUGUCAUCAUGUCCACAAUGUGGCAAAGACAUUCACUGCUCCAUUCUCGAACUUCUUGGAGGCCCUCUUCACAGACAUCCAUACAGAUCAUCAGUGGGCAUCAGAUCAGUUGGAUUACUUGAAGAUGAUUUGCGAGUUCUUGGAUGUACCUUUCACAAAUCCCCCAAGAUUUAUCUCACAUCGCUGGCUGUCAGCAUAUGAUGUUGGACUUGGGACCAAAAGAAUGCUCCCAGCACUAAGGAUACUUUACUAUGGUUUCAUGAAGACGCAGGACCAAGAAGUGUACAAGGAGGUUCUGCAAGACGUACAGAGAGUAUGAAUUGAGUGACCAGGCUCAAAGGAGGAUUGAAUUCAUUCACAAGGAUCUCUGCAAGAAGGCAAUGACUGGUCAGGGGAAGGAUCGGAAGGCCCGAAUUUGUCAGAAGAUUUGGGUAGAAAGUCGAAAAGUGGACUUGCAUCUUAGUGUCUACCUGGGUGUUCUCCCAAUUUUGAAAGAGUAUGUGAUAGUCUUCCAAGGAAGCAAGACUCUGGUGCACAAGCUGCAUGACAAGCAGCUUGAGGUGUUUGUCAACUUUUUGGCCUGUUUCAUAAAGCCUGAGCACCUUAAGAUGUCACCAAUCAAAUUGCUGGAAUUGGAUUUGGCCCAAAAAAAUUUCACUCGCAGAUUUACCUUGGGAAAGUGGCAGAAGACAUGGUUGCAGCCCACCCAAAGCAUCCAGAAAUCUUGGCUUUCAUUGAAAAUGUUUCCAAGGCAUACAUUACAUGUGGGAAAUACAUGCAGGUCAAACUACCCCUCAAGAGCAAAACCCUGCAGGCCUUGUCCUCAAUUGAUCCUGUGGUGAGGGGCCAUUCACAGGCUGUUACCCAGCUGAAGGAGUUGGCCAAUAUCUUAAAGCACUUGGUGCCCACAGAAUGUGACCCCAGCCUGGACAUCUUGCGGUACAAUGUGGACCCCAACCUGCCGAACUAUCAAGAUGGAGAUGAUAUUGUGAAGUGGUGGGCCCAUGUCUUCAGGCUGGAGAAGUAUCCUGCCCUCACACAGGUCGUCAGAGGUGCCCUCUCCAUCUUCCAUGGGCCUCUAGUAGAGGCUUCUUUCAGCCUUAUGGGUGAUGUGAUUCACAAAAAAAGUGCCAACAUGAGGAUAGCCACCUUCAAUGCAGUGCAAACUGUAAAAUACACUCUUCGAUCAAGGGGGAGGACCGGCAUCACUAUGUUCAAGAGGGAAGAUGUCAAACUUGGGCCAGUGGAUAAAACUGUUUGCCGCAACAUCAGGGCUGCAGGGAAGAAGGAUAAAUCCCUCAGAGGGAAAAGAAUUGAGGAAAAGAAGAAGAGGCAGGCAGACUAUGGUAGUAGAGCUUCCUGCGGAAGUGCUGAGAGGGCCAAGACCACUGCUCAAGCAGAAGAAAAGCAGGAAUGGCCGAGACAUGUGGCAAAGCAGAAAAAUGCAGCAAGCCGCAAGGCACUGGAGACAUUGGCAAUAGCAAAGAAGAAGAAGAAGUAGAGAGCUGGAGUGCAAGAAGAACUGGGACAGUGUAUUUUCAUAUAAAGAACAUUUUUGUGUGAAUAGGGUGAGCCCUGGAUGGCAGAGGUGGUGGCAUAAUGUAAUUAUAUGAUAUUUCCUGCGGGGGCGUGGGCUUCGAUAAUCUCACUCCUUUUUGACCAUACCUCUGUUUGCAUCCCUGAUUAUACGGUAGCUAUAAAAGGUCACAAUACUUCCAAAUGAAAAGAACACUUGCAUCAAUUUGACAGCACAUGACAUACAAAUCCACAGAACAUACACAAAUGAACACAGCACAACAAAAGAAUUCAAUACACCAACAGAGAUUUCCAAUCGGAGAACUUAAUUGAGACCAUUUUAUGUUUCCAGUCUUUUUUGGUAAGUUGAACUUAAUUUCAACU